GACAACACACCCAAAAUGCCACAGUAUCCGGACAUCAACAAACCCUAUUCACACAACAUUCGAAACCCUAUUUGCACAUCCCAAACCCUAUUCGCACAACAUUGCAAACACUAUCCGCACAACAUUCGAAACCCUAUUCGCACAUCCCAAACCCUAUUCGGACAACAUCCCAAACCCUAUUCGGACAACAUCCCAAACCCUAUUCGCACACCAUCCCAAACCUUAUUCGCACAACAUUGCAAACCCCUCGCUAACUUGCACAAUCUCUCCCAUCCGUUGCAGAGCGUGGCCGUCGUGGGCGAGGACGGCGAGAAGGCUCAGUGCCGCGUCCUGGACUGCGACACCAUCACGCAGGUCAAGUCGAAGAUCCUGGACGCCCUCUACCGCAACACACCGCAGUCCCUCCGACCCUCCGUCCACGAGGUCGACCUUGAGUGGCGCCACGGCCGCAACGGCCACCUGAUCCUCGCCGACGAGGACAUGACGACGAAGGCCGACCCCAGCGGAUGGCGGCGCCUCAACACCCUGGCCCACUACGGCGUCAAGGACUCCGCCCUCAUGGCCCUCGUGCCACGCCCACACGACCACCACGCCCUCAACAACGCCAACUGCAGCACUAAGUGUAAUAAUUGCGCUGGCUACGGCAUGCCGGGGUCGGGCAGCCCCGUCAGCCACUGCGGGGACGUGGAGUCGGGCAACGUGGAGGCUAACGCCUACCACCUGGUCAAGCCGGUGGACCACGACUCGCCGUGCAGGGGCGGCGAGAGGACCCACAAGGCCAUCCCGGAGAUCUUCCUCACCAGACUCCUCUCCACCAAGGGCACCGUCCAGAAGUUCGUCGACGACUUCUUCAAAACCAUCCUCACGCCCAACGAGACGCUCCCGCCGGCCGUCAAGUGGCUGUUCGACUUCUUCGACGACGCCGCCCGCCGCCACGGCAUCGUCGACCCGGAGGUGUCGCUGGCGUGGAAGUCGAACAGCCUGCCCCUCCGCUUCUGGGUCAACUUCAUCAAGAACCCGGACUUCAUCCUGGACGUGCACAAGAGCGCGACGGUCGACUCGUGCCUCUCGGUCAUCGCGCAGACCUUCAUGGACGCCUGCUCGACCACGGAGCACCGCCUGGGCAAGGACUCGCCCUCCAACAAGCUGCUCUUCGCCAAGGACAUGCCCCAGUACAGGGCGACGGUGCGGGCCUUCUACCGGGGCGUGCAGGACAUGCCUCCCGUCACGGACCAGGACAUGGCCGCCUACCUGCACCACCUGAGCCUCACGCACCUGGGCCAGCUGGACGCGCGCCCCGCCCUCCAGGAGCUGUUCCAUUCCUACGUCACGAGAUAUUACGCGCAGAUUAUUGAGACUCUCGAGGUUGACCCCGAGUGUAGAAGUCUACACUUAGCGCACAAACUGGACAAUAUUAUGUGCACGAUAAACGGAGAGCCCACGUCCAUGUGCUGAGACCCCCCGCCGUCACAACCCCCCCUGAGAGUGCUGAUUGCGCGCUGGCCGGGAGGGUCUCACCGCGCAUGCGCCAGUCCCCGGUGGUUGCCUUCUAUAAGACUUUAAACUCUCAUUGCUGUUACUUACAUGCCUAGUUCCUAGCCAAAGAGUAGGUGUAUGAUGAAUAGAAAAAAGCGACUAUUGUGUUGGAUUCGUUGUUAUGUCUAAAAAAUAAAGAGAAAAUAAAAAAACUUUUCAUAACACUGCAUGGUUCCUUCCAGUUGUUAUGAUUUUUAUUCAACGACGAGCAUUCGUUAUUUUAGAGUUGUGUCUGUGUCUCUCAUCUGCUGUACUUAAUCAAAUGUCUGUGAUUUUAAAGCGUAGAGCAUUCCGGUUGAUCAGAGGUCGCCGCUGUGGCUUGCGUCGGGGGCCAGCGAGCGAGAGGCGAGUGGCCGGGCGCGCCGAGAAUCACAAGCGUCACUCCGGAGGCCCCGAGCGAAGCGCUCCAUCCGGGAGAACAGCCGAAGUCUAAAUAAGGAUAAGGAAGUGCGUGAACGACAGAAACGACGUGGAAUUCGACGGUGUGGUGUGUUAGUUUUGUGAAAGAAGAUGAAAAAGGAAAAAUGGCGUUACUUCUUAAGUGUUAAGGGUCGAGUGAAACUCCUCAAGAACCUUUUUUUUUUUUUUUUUGUAAGUCCAAGUGGCCUGGCGAGUGCUGCCCCGUGUGCUGUUCCAUCGAGCGCCCCCCGCCCUGUUUUCUACCGGCUGUUCCGCAGAGCCUCCACGAGGCAACGGGCGCUCGGGGACCGCCGGCCUCGCGCCCUCGUUGUGUUCUCGAGUCGAUGAUUUGUACGCUUUCAGCCCCACGGCUCGCAAAGUCCGUGACGUCACAGCAGCUUUGCGCGCCCGGGGGCUGACGUCACGCAAGCUAAUGAACACCAGCCCUGGCCCGCUCUGAGAGGGCGGCGCCAGGGAGCCACUGUAGAGUGGUCACGUGCCAUGGACAAACGCAGAUAUUUAUCUACAAGGAGGAAGAAGUUGGGAGAAAGAGCAACACUGUAGGGAGGAAGAUACGAGUGCGGCGGCAGUUUGGUGUCAAGGUUGGCUCCGGCGCCGAAGGGCCGUCGGCGAGCCUCGCCCGCGGGAGGUCGAGGCAUUCCACGAGGAGGAGGAGCAGGAGGACCAGGUGCCCUUCGAGGCCGAGGUUGACGUAGAUCCUCGAGGACAACUGUUAUAUAUGUCAGUGUUGUAUGUAUAUGUGACUUUAAAACACACUGAGAAGUGAAUCAAACAAGUGUUAGAGACGUUAGAAAAAAAUCAUCUGUACUCAAGUCUUUAAAAAACCGUAAAUAAAAUAAAUAAAAGAGUGUUAUCGUCCCCCGUGGUGGCCGAGCUGCCGUCAAACUGUUGCUGUUGCCGCUGCUGCUGCUGUGCUGCUGCUGCGACGAGGUGCAUACUUUCCGUAACCAAAUGAUGCUACAGACUCUUCGUCCCACACCUCCCACGCUCCUUCGAAGCUAGUCAUCUUUGUCCAUGUCCCAGCUUAGUAUUACACCAGCUUCACGGAAAGAGAGAGGAAGACGUCAGGAAGGGAAGAGAGGAGGAGAGAGGAUGAAUAAUAAUAAUGAUAAGGAUGAGGGUGAUCAAUGUAGAGGAAACCUAACUGAAUUUUUAUGAGAAAAUGUCCCUUUUUUUAAAUUGAAUUGGUUAUAUCUCUUUGUUUUUCUUUGGCUCUCCUCUCCUCUCCGCUUCCUCCUCCUCCGCCAGGCGAUUAUAAACGAAACUAAGAGACGUGACUUUCUCUUGUCGAUCCCUGGAGCGGUGGGUGUAAUGUACGCGACACGUUCCGACACUUUUUCACACGUUAGCUUGCCGACCUUUUUUUUCUACAUUUUUUUGAAAGUUAUUUUUUUGACCGUAGCCAGAGACAUGAUCCAAAAAAAAAUAAAAACAAAAAACAGCUGCAAUGACCGACACUCAGUGCAU